AUGGCCGACGCCUCUGCGCCCGAGGAUACCUCGGUCACAUUUCAUGUCAAGUCGGCUGGCGGUGCCAAAUACACCUUCACAUUGCCUCUAUCGACCACGACGACUGACCUCAAGGAAAAGUUGGCCACCGCAGAAUAUGCAAACGUCCCUGCUUCCGCCCAGAGACUGAUCUACAGCGGCAAAGUGCUGAAAGACAAUGAUACCUUGGCUACACACAGCGUGAAGGAGGGCAACACCAUGCAUCUCGUGAAGAGCGCAGCGAGCAAUCUAAAACAGAAUCCCGCAAGCCAACAAGGAUCCUCUACUAGCACUUCGACUGCGACCCCUCCAGCAGCUGGGGUACCUCAGAAUCUAGCAUCAGGCACAGGCAAUGAUCCAUUAGCCGGUCUGACAGGCGCCAGAUAUGCCGGAUUUGCGGGGCUGCCGAAUGCGAGCAUGUUCAGAGAUCCGCCGACGCAAGAAGACAUGAUCCGCCAAUUACAAGACCCUCAUUUCGCUUCGAUGAUGAGAGAGGCCCUCAAUAAUCCCCAGUUUAUUGACAUGAUGAUCAACUCGAAUCCCCAGCUCCAGGCCCUUGGUCCGCACGCGAGACAGAUGCUACAGUCAGAGGACUUCCGGCGCAUGAUGACUGAUCCCGAGUCUAUGCGGCAUAUGUUGCAGAUGCAGCAGAUGAUGGGUGGCCUUGGCGGUCCCGGUGGACAGGAUGCCGCUUUUCCAGCUCCUGGUGUGACAAAUUCCACCGACGCGGCGCAGGCUGCAGAUGCAACCGCUCCGAACCAAAACCAAAACCAAAACCAACAGACACCGCCAGCAAACCCGUUCGCAGCAUUGAUGGGCAACCCGAUGUUUGGCUUCCCUCCACCGCAGACAGGAAUGAAUAACCCUGGCAGCACAGCAGAUCCUGCGCAGAAUCAACAAGCACAGCAACCUAAUCCGUUCGCUGCACUCUUUAACCCAGCCAUGGCUGGUAAUCAGCAGCAGCCUCAAGGCGGUGAUACCAACAAUCCCAACAGUGCAUCAUCACCGCCACCCAAUCCAUUUGCCAACAACCCUUUCAUGCAGAACCCAGAUGCCAUGCGAAAUUUGAUGCAGAUGUUCGGUGGUGGCGGCGGAGGUAAUGCUGGUGGUCCAGGUGCCGGGGGUGGAGCGAACCCGCAGCAGCCAAAUUGGAUGGAGAUGCUAGGAGCUAUGGGUGGAGGAGAAUUCGGUGGACCACCAGAUAAUAGACCACCCGAAGAACGUUUUGCUACUCAGCUACGGCAGCUCAACGAGAUGGGCUUCCACAACUUUGAUCGCAAUAUCCAAGCAUUGACAAGAUCUGGAGGGGACGUGAAUGGUGCUUUGGAGUGGCUGUUCAGCCAGCCUUCGUGA